CUUUGAUGAUUUUGUUUCAAGAACUGAAGAAAGCUGCGCUUGUUUUUGCCUCUAUUUUACUUUUAACCAUGUCGGUGAAUUAUUCAGAUGGUCUGUCACCUUAUGAACACAAAGGGAAAUGUGGAAUGCCAGAGAAGUUUGAUUCCCCAGAGGUGAUUGAUGAGAAAGCUUUACAGUUAGCUAACCUGUUCAAACAAAGUCACCAUGCUGUGGUGCACACUGGAGCUGGGAUCAGUACAUCAGCUGGUAUUCCAGAUUUCAGGGGUCCAAAGGGUGUUUGGACAUUAGAGAAGGCUGGUGAGAAACCACAGGUGAAUGUGACGUUUGACAACGCUGUACCGACACCAACGCAUCGAUCCCUGCUCGAGCUAGAGAGGAUUGGCUUGGUUCAAUAUGUCGUCAGUCAAAACGUGGAUGGGCUUCACCUCAGAUCAGGAUUUCCAAGAGACAGACUAUCUGAACUUCAUGGGAAUAUGUUUGUUGAGCAGUGUGACAAAUGUGGCAAACAGUACAUUAAAGACACAGCUGUCCCGACCCUGGGACUCAAACCAACUGGAGGACAGUGCUCUCAGAGAAAAUCAAGAGGAAAAUGCAGGGGUAAGUUACGAGACACCAUUUUAGACUGGGAAGACGCAUUGCCAGACCAAGACUUGGACCGUGCAGAGAAAUACUCCAGAGAAGCUGAUUUAGCCCUGUGCCUUGGGACGAGCCUACAGAUUGUACCAAGUGGUAACCUGCCACUUAUCACAAAGAAGGCUGGAGGCAAAUUAGUCAUCAUUAAUCUGCAGCCCACUAAACACGACAAACGUGCUGACCUUAGAAUACAUGGCUAUGUUGAUGAGGUCAUGUCAAAGGUCAUGACCCACCUGGGGUUGACAAUACCAGAGUACAAAGGACCACAUGUAGUUAUGACAUCAUCACAUUCUCUCAAGACAGCAGAGAGAACAGUAGGAGUCAUGGAUCUUAAACAUGUUAAAGGGACAGUUAAAGGAAGAGACAUUAAAGGGGCAGUGAAAGAACUUAAAGGAGCAAUUAAAGAAGAUGGGUCUGAAGCUGGAAACACACAACCGAACUUUAUACUAAAGGAUGAAAGUCCAUUAUUACAUCCUACACGUGAAUUUAAACAGGAUCUAAAAAGUACAAUUAUUAAUACUCAGGGUAAGCAACAGUUGAAAAAAGACAACCCUGAUCAUCAAACCUCAAUAAAAACUGAGAAUUUACUCCCAGAGGAUGAAAAUGAAAACCCUGAUAAAGGUUCUCAAAAUGACAGAAAAAGCAGAAGUGAAAAUGCGCCACAACAAAGAACACCAAAGCAAGGCUUGGAGAAUGACACUCAUGAAAUAUCAAGUCUGGACGUUGAGAAUAAUGCGUGCCUUAAUGAGAAAGAAGUAAACAGUUCCUGCGAUGAGAAAACCAGGGUUUUCCAACCGGAGUUCACUCACAAAGGACAGGACUGUCCACCGGUGCUGGUUGCACUCGUUACUGCUGAGAGUGGGCAAGAAUCAUUGAAACAAACACUAUCCCUUGACAGAGUCAUAGGCACAAGCUCAGAGAACCACAACUCUGCUCCAACAAAGAAACCUAAAUUGGAAUAGUCAAGGAGAUUUUGUACCGAGAAAUCAUCAUAAAUGUUUACUCAGUUUGUGAAAGCUGUUUCUGGCCUGAAAUUACACGGAUGCCAUUGGCCUUGGUUCCGCUUUAAACAAUUUCCCAUAGACUUUAAGAUUUUUCAAUGGAAGUACUCUUUUCAAAAUGAAAAAUGGCAUUGUCCUUCCCAAAGAUGAAAUUUAAGGCCUGUAAUUGAAUAAAAUAUAUAUCUUACCAUCUUGUGCCCAUGGCCUUUUAUUCGGCAAAAAAGUUGGAUUCAAUUUUGGUGAGAGUAUUUUGUUCAGCAAGUUCGUUUGUAUUACUAAGAAAUGUAGGUUUUUAAAAGUCACUAUAUAUUCACCCUUUCAUCAAUUUGAUAUACAUUAUUUUGUCUAUCUUAUUUGAGAACGGAAAUAAACAAAAAUAACACUCAUUCA